AGUGGGUUUGUUUACUGGCUGGUUUUGGAGCAAAAUGAAUGAAGACCCAGUCCAAACAAACUGCAGUAAAACACUGCUUGUCCACCACUUACCAGCUGAGCUCAGCGAGGAAGAGAAGGAAGACCUCCUGAAGUAUUUCGGAGCUGAGUCAGUCAGAGUCUUCUCAAACAGGGGCCGCUUGAAACAUGCAGCCUUUGCAACAUUUAGGAGUGAAAAGUCAGCAGCAAGGGCUCUAAGCAGACUCCAUCAGUUAGAGGUUCUUGAUCAGACACUCAUUGUGGAGUUUGCAAAAGGCCAAGAUCACAUAACAGUGCUAAAGGACCCGCCUGUGUCAGAAAGUGGUGAAAAUGUCAAACAAGAGCAGAAGAAGCAGGAGAGCAAACAGCCAAAUAUUCCCAUCAUAGAGACGGGCGUUGCACCGAGUCUCGGGUUGAAGUUUCAAUCAAAUCCCACUUUGAAAUAUUUAUAUCCACCACCCUCUAAUGGCAUUCUGACAAAUAUAACACACGCCCUCAUGAGCGUGCCAAAGUUUUAUGUUCAAGUACUUCAUCUGAUGAACAAGAUGAAUUUGCCAUGUCCUUUUGGCCCAAUCACAGCCAGACCACCCAUGUUUGAACUCCUGCCUCCUGCUCCACCCAUCCCCAUGCCUCCUCCCUUCCCUCCCGAUUAUCCCCCUUUACCAGAGGAGGAGAUGGAAAUGAGCAGCGAGGAAGAAUCCGAGUAUGAGAGUGGAGACGACGAAGACAAAGAGAGGAUUGUUCGUCUGAUGGGCCUGGUCAACCAAGCAUGCAAGCGACCCUUGAGACCAAAAACAGCUUCAAAACGAAAGAAGCCCAGGAUCAAGGAUCUACUCUAUGCUCCCAAGCCAGACUCUCAGAGUGCUGCGACUCUGCAGCCCUCGGAUGUGUUUGAGCAGCCCCACGCCGCCGGUCCGAGGAAAAUUGAGUUCCGCAUUUCAGCUCCGGAUGUAGCGGCUGCUGUUGAAGGAAGUAGGCCAGCUCAGCCUGAAGACGACGAAGGCAAAGCAUCGUCCAUUCAAGUGGAUCAGAGCGAGAUCAAGUCCAGCAGCAAUCGGGAGGAAGCAGAGGCUAAAGGUUUUGGGAAGCUUUACUUCAGCACGCAGGCAUCAAAGCAGCAGGAGGAGCGCAGCGACAACGAGCAGGAUCUCGUCUCAGAUGUCAUCUCGAGGAAGGAGCUGGAGAAAGGACGGCUGUCAAGAGAUGAGAUAAAAAGGAUGUCUGUGUUUAAAAAUUAUGAACCUGGCGAGCCAACCUGCAGACUAUACGUGAAGAACAUUGCAAAGCAAGUGGAAGAGAAGGAGCUGAAGUACAUCUAUGGGAGAUACAUUAACCUCUCGUCAGAAGAGGAGAGAAACAUGUUUGACAUUGUGUUAAUGAAGGAGGGGCGGAUGAAAGGGCAGGCCUUCGUCGGACUCCCCAGUGUGCAGAGUGCAGAGAAAGCCCUGCAGGAAACCAACGGCUACGUACUUUAUGACAAACCUUUGGUUGUUCAAUUUGCUCGAUCUGCAAGACCGAAACAAGACAACACAGAUACCAAGAGAGGGCCAAAACAGAGGUGAAGUCAGCAGAUACCAAGGCUUGAUAUUGUGGCCCAGCAGAACCAUUUGUAUCCUUAUUGUGUCAUAUCCUUUGGGGAAAAAAUGAGGGGGGAGCGGUUUAACUGCGGAUAUUGUAGCACAAAUAUAUUAUUAUAGUAUAGCUUUUUUUUUGGUUUAUUUUCUUUUUCUAGCCUAUUGUAUCUUAUGUCUUUUUUUAGCACAGACUUUGUAACCAUAAGCUAUUUUUGAAUCUUAAACUUCUUCAUUGAUUUCUGCCCUUUUUGACUGAAUUUCAGGUGGAGGUCAUCAGAGCAUGUUUUCUUCCUUUCUUAUGCCAUUAAAUACAAUAUUUUAUUAAAA